CCCAGCCAGCACUAUAAAGCCUUGCAUUGCCCUGCCUUUGUGAACAUCAUCCGAGAGAAAGCAAGCAACCGUGUGCCUUUUGGAGACGCGAUGUCGUCCGGCAACAAGAUCAGCGUGGCCUUGCUGAGCGUGGCCCUAGUGGGCCUGCUCCUCUGCCACCUCGCCACCACCGCCUCCGCCCACCAGAAAGACAUCCACGUCCUCGGCAGCGUCGACGGCUCCAGCGACGGCAGCAGCCCCGAGUCCGAAGGCCGCGUCGUCUACGCGGACAUGAAGCUGGCUGAUACGGAAUCCGAUGCGCCGGCGCCGGCGCCGGGGCCGUCGUCCGGUUGAACUGAGAAGCGUGCGUCCAGCCAAGCAAGGUGGUCAAAACCGAGAACUAAUUAAGGGCUCGAUUGUGUGUCCGGCUACUACUGUUCUUGCCAUAAUUAUAUAUAGAUACGCAAAGUGUGGCCAAGCCUACCCACAUGCAUGCUAUUGCAUGCCUCCGAAUAUAUAUAUAUUAUCCGACUCGAUCCUGCCAAAUUGUUUCGUCGACUUCAUUAUAUAUAUUCCAUCCCUUUAA